UGGUGCCCAAGGAAGUCAGAAGAGGGCAUUGGGUAACCUGGGAUUGGAAUGUUUUACAUGGUUGUGAGCCACCCUACAGUUUCUUGGGAUUCAACUUGAGCCCUCUGCAAGAACAACAGGUGCUCAUCUGAGCCAUCUCUCCAGCCCCAAGGCUCUUUCUUUUGGUGACAGAAAAACAAAACAAAACAAACAAACAAAAAACAGCUGUCACCUCAAAGAGGAUAUGAAGUAGUUUAUUUUAGAGGCAAAUAUCAGUGAAUAUGUCCUGAAAAACACAGAUUUAAGUCACCAAAUUCCAUAUUCCAGAGAGGUACCAGUUUCAUGAAAGUAAUAGAACAAAGAACAUAGCAAAUCAAGGCUCUUUUAGAAUAACACAUAGGUAGAUUACAGCAACGCUGGGGAAUCUCUCCCAUAACCCUCAGUCGCUGAGAUCUCUCCUCCAGAACUCAGAUGUUACCUGCUGCUAACAUUCCUAGCUUUUGAGUUGGUGGAAGCAAACCUUCUAAAAGGACUUACCUAAUAAUCACAAGGAUGCUAGAUCUUACACAGAGAUGGGCAAUAAAUAGCUACUCAAAGAGUACUAAGAUAGCCCAAGAUAAAUUAUACUUAGGCUCUGUAUCUGCAGCAUUCCAACUUCUCUGCAAUCAUUGAUGCUCUAAUUAAUUGACCAGUUUUUGUAAAAUGUUCAGUGUAGGUAUGGCCUAUUUUUAGGAACUUAAUACUUUUACUACAUCUAUCUAUCUAUCUAUCUAUCUAUCUAUCUAUCUAUCUAUCUAUCUGUUUGGAGUUCUUCUCAGAGGCUGAUUAUCUUCCAUCAUGUAGGUCCUGGGGAUGUUUUCUAACAGGUGCCUUUGCUCGUUAAGCCCCCUUUCAGCCCCAUUUUUGGGAAUUUGCAUUCAUGUUUAACUUUGAGACGGGGUCUUAUGUAGCACAGGCUGGCCUCAAGCUCACUAUGUUGCCCAGAACUUCUGGUCCAACUUCCUCCAUCUCUUGAAUGUUGGGAUUAUAGGUAUGUACCGCCACACCUAAUUAAAUAGUAUUGGUACUCACACCUAGAGCUUUGUGCUUGUUAGGCAAGCACAGCUACACACCCAGUCCUCCUCUCUAUAGCUUUGAUUUAUAAUUCAUAUAGCUCACAAUUCACCUAUGUAAGCAUUCUUGGCCUGUUCACAGAAGUGAGCAAUUAUCAGGACUAUCAAUUUUAGAACGUUUUAAUCUCUCAGUUCAAAACAUCAUGUUCAUCGGCAAUUACUCCGUGUUUCCUCCCAACCCACCUAGCCCCUGACAACUAGUAAUCUAUUUUGUUUCUCUGUAUCUAUUAUGGACAUUUUGUAUAAAUGAAUGUAUUGUCUUUUGUGAUUGGCUCCUUUCACUUAGCAUGCAGUUUUCAAGAUUCACAGAAUUUAUUUAUUUGGAGAGGUAUUUAUUAUUAUUUAGUUAUUUUUGAGCAGUGUCUUCCUCUGUAGGCCAGGCUGGCUUUGAACUUGACGCCCUUUUGUUCCAGACUCUUGAGUGCUGGAACUACAGGUAUGUGCCACUAUUCCUAUUUUAUUCAAUUGAUAGGUGCUUUAGGUUAUUCAUUUUUUAGCUAUUAUAAUAAUGUGGGUAGAUAUAUUGGGCAUAUGCUUUUUUGUGCAUGUAUUUUCAUUUUUCUUGAGUAUAUACUUCAGAGUAGAGCUGAAAUAGACUGUUUAGCCUUUUUCACGAAGGCUUUGCCAUUUUACAUUUCCAUGGGGUCAUUCCACAUCUUCACCAGUCUUUGGGAUGAUUGGGCAUUUGAACAUAACCAUAGCCAUCCUAUUGGGUACGGUUUUUAAUUUUUAGUUUGCUGGUAGCUGCUGUAUUGAAACCCUUUCUUGCUCUCUGGCUUUUUAACAUAUAUUUUUGAAGGAAUAUCUACUCAGCUGCUUUGCCGAUUUUUACAAUAGUAGGUUAGUAGAUGUGAAGGAAGAAAUACAUGGCCAUCUUAUAUUUAUCAUGGUAUAACACAACACUUACCAUUUUCACAGUGUUUUUAACUGAGGGUGUAUGUGCCACAGCAUGUGUGUGGAGGUCAGAGGAGAAUUUUUGGAAGUCAGUUCUUGCCUUCCACCUUGUAGAGGCAGGGGCUCCUUCCAAUUUUUGCUCCUGUGUGGCAGUGUACUCUGGGCUAGACUGGCUUGUGAGUUUCUCGCUAAUUUUCCUGUCUCUAUGUCCUGUCUCAGGUAGGAAUGCUGGGAAGGCAGAUGUACACCACCACAUCUGGCUUUUUAUAUAGGUUCAGGAGAUCAAACUCAGGUCUUCAGGGUUGUAUAGCUAGUGCCAAUCCAUCUCCCAGACCCAUUAACCAUUAUGUUAAAAUUAACUUAUAUUUUAUUUAGUUUAUCCACACACAUGUGAAGGUCAGGGGGCAACUUACAGAGAGAGGUUCAUUCUCUCUUUCUGUAAUGUGUAUCCAUCCUUGUGGAUUGAACUCAGGUCUCGGGCUUGACAGCAAGUGCCUUUACCUGCUGAGCCAUCUCACUGACCUCCCUUAACUAUUUUAAAACAUGUAGUUCUAUAUUGUUAAAUUACAUGCUAUUACAUUUUCAUAGCAUUCACAAUGCCAUGAAACUAUCACCACUGUCCAUUUCCAGAACUUUUUCAUUUUCCCUAGAUCAAUCUCUGUACUCAUUAAGUAUUGUCUCGCCAAUCCUCUCCUGCCAAUAGCCCCUGGAAACCACCUUUUUUGUUUGUUUGUUUUUUGAGACAGGGUUUCUCUGUUUAACAGUCUUGUCUGUCUUGGAACUCAGUCUGUAGACCAGGCUGGUGUUGAACUCACAGAGAUCUGCCUGCCUCUGCCUCCCAAGUGCUGUGAUUAAAGGCGUGUGCCACACCUGCCUAGCUGAAACCACCAUUUUUUGUCUCAAUGAAUUUGACUACUUUACAAACCUCAUAGGAGAAGCUGGAGAGAUGGCUCAGUGGUUGAGAGCAGUGACUGUUCUCCCAGAGGACCCGAGUUCAACCCCCAGCACCCACAUGGCAGCUCACAACUGUUUGUAGCUCCAGCACCAGGGGAUCUGAUACCUUCCACCAAUACACAUAAAGUUAAAAAAAUUACUUAAAAAACAAACCUCAUAGGAAAGGACUCAUGCAAUAUUUGUCCUUUUGCUUAUUUCCUGUAGUAUAGUGUCUUUAAGUUUUAUCUAUAAGUAGCGUUUGUCUAUUUUUCUUUCUUUUUGAUGGGAGCUUACAAACAGCCUUUAUUCCUUACAACACUAAAUAACAAGAGGAGAGAACACAUCAACAAUCACUCCAAGGACAGUGCCACCUAUCUGUUUGUGAAUAAUACUUCUGUCACUGUGGGUUGUCAUGCAUUGCUCAGGUCCCUGCUUUCCCUUUAUUUGAAUAUAUACUAAGAAGAGGAAGUGCUGAGUCACAUGUGAUUUUAUGUUUUAAGUCUGGAAGAGCAGCCAGAGCUCUUAACCUCUGAGCCAUCUCUCCAGCCCCUGGUGUUUGUUUAUUUUUAUAAUGCAAAGGGAUAGAGCCCAGGAACUUGUGACUGCUCCUCCAGCACUCUACCACUGAGCCAUACUCUCAGUUUUCUUUUUUUCCCAGGGGUUGUUUUUGCAAAAAUAUUCUUAGUAGGUAUAAAAUGGUUGUCUUAGUAUUGUUGAGUUCUAAGGUAUUUUAGCCUCCACCUCCCAAGUGUUGGGAUCAUAAGUACACACCAUCAUAUCUAGUGCUUCCCCCCUCUCUCCAGGGUCUCUAGAUAUAGUCCUUGCUAUCCUGGAAUUUGCUAUAUAGAACAGGCUGGCCUUGAACUCACAGAGAUCCACUUGUUUCUGCCUUUCAAGUGCUGGGAUUAAAAGCAUGUGCCACCAUGCCUGUCUUGAAGAGAAAGUUUUAAUAUUUGUCUACCCUUAAUUCUGUGGCUCUGUACUUUGCCAUCAUAUAUAAGAAUCAAUCAUCAAACCUAUGGUCAUAUUUGCAUCUCUAACUUUUUACAAGAGCUUUGUGAUUUUAGUGUUUGUAUUUAGGUCCUUGUCUAUUUUGAAUGAAUGUUGUAUACAGUGAGAGGUAGGGUCAAACCUCAAUCUUUUAUGCAUGCAUCAUUCUUCUGAGUCUUCUGACAAGAGUGCCAAGAAAUGCAACAAAAGAAAAAUAACCUUUUCAACAAGUCACGAUGAAAUGAUAAAUUUCCAGGGGAUCUGACAUCCUCACACAGACAUACAAGAAGGCAAAACACCAAUGCAGGUAAAAUGAGAAUAAACAAAUCAUUAAAAAAGAAACAGAAUAUUCCAUGCAUACCAGAAUCUCAUUCCAAUUGCUACUGUAUUGCUUCUAAAAAUUAAUUUAAUCUUUGAUAAUAUCCUAUGUAACAAUCUGGUCAAACUCAUCCUUCCACCAUCCCUUAUCUUCCUCCCAUUCCCACUACUUCCCUCCUCCUCCUACCACGUACCCCUUUCAUUUUUUGUGUCUUUUUGUUUUAAGCAGGGCUGUGCCCUUGGGCAUCGGUGUGAAGCUGUCCACUGAAGCAUAAGUGUGAAUCUGCCCGCUGGAGCAUGGGUGUGAAUCUGCCCGCUGGAGCAUGGGUGUGAAUCUUCCCACUGGAACUUGAGUUUGAAGCUGUUCACUGGAGCAUGGGUGUGAAGCUGUCCACCGGAGCAUGGGUAAUUCACAAGUGGCUGCAUCACUGAAGACAAAGACUUCCUCUCUCUGUGAAGCUAGACUGCCAUUCACUCCGCUAGUUAGAAAGGGGCCCAGAGCUUUUAAAAAUUGAGCCAGAAUGCGGUGGCAGGCACUUAGAAGAUUUGGUCAAAAGCUGGUGCGGAGACGUGUGUUGGAGCCAGGCAUGGGCGAGACCCGCCUUGCCAGAUGCCUAAGCACCCUCGACUUAGUGGCCCUGGGUGUGGGUAGCACAUUGGGUGCAGGUGUGUAUGUCCUGGCUGGUGAGGUGGCCAAAGAUAAAGCAGGACCAUCCAUUGUGAUCUGCUUUUUGGUGGCUGCUCUGUCUUCCGUGUUGGCUGGACUGUGCUAUGCUGAGUUUGGUGCCCGGGUCCCUGGCUCUGGUUCUGCAUAUCUCUACAGUUAUGUCACCGUGGGGGAACUCUGGGCCUUCACUACCGGCUGGAAUCUUAUCCUCUCCUACGUUAUUGGUACAGCCAGUGUGGCCCGGGCUUGGAGUUCUGCUUUUGACAAUUUGAUUGGGAACCACAUCUCUGAGACUCUAAAGGGGACCAUCUCGCUGCAUGUGCCCCAUGUGCUCGCAGAAUAUCCAGAUUUCUUUGCUUUGGCCCUUGUGUUGCUGCUCACUGGAUUGUUGGCCCUGGGGGCGAGUGAAUCCGCCCUGGUUACCAAAGUGUUCACAGGGGCGAACCUCUUGGUUCUUGGGUUUGUCAUCAUCUCUGGCUUCAUUAUGGGAGAUCUGAAAAACUGGAAGCUCACAAAAGAGGACUAUUGCUUGGACGUGGGUGGACCCAAUGUCACUUGUAGCUUUGAGUCUAUGGGCUCUGGAGGUUUCAUGCCUUUUGGCGUGGAAGGGAUUCUCCGUGGAGCUGCUACCUGUUUCUAUGCCUUCGUUGGUUUUGACUGUAUUGCGACCACCGGGGAAGAGGCUCGGAAUCCCCAACGCUCCAUCCCUAUGGGUAUUGUGAUCUCAUUGUCCGUCUGCUUCCUGGCUUAUUUUGGUGUGUCUUCGGCACUUACCCUCAUGAUGCCUUACUACAUGCUUCGGCCGGAGAGCCCUCUGCCUGAGGCAUUUUCCUAUGUUGGCUGGAAUCCUGCCAGCUACCUUGUGGCUGUUGGCUCCCUCUGUGCUCUUUCCACUAGUCUUUUGGGCUCUAUGUUUCCUAUGCCUCGGGUGAUCUAUGCAAUGGCAGAAGAUGGUCUCCUGUUCCGUGUGCUUGCUAAGGUUCAUAAUGGCACACACACACCAAUUGUGGCCACUGUGGUGUCUGGCAUUAUUGCAGCAUUCAUGGCAUUUCUCUUUGAACUUGCUGAUCUUGUGGACCUCAUGUCAAUUGGGACAUUGCUUGCUUACUCCCUGGUGUCCAUUUGUGUUCUCAUUCUCAGAUAUCAGCCUGACCAGGAAAUAAAGAAUGAUGAAGAGGAAGCGGAAUUGCAGGAGGAGAAGACACUUGAAGCAGAGAAGCUGACUGUCCAGGCUCUGUUUUGUCCAGUCAGCUCCAUUCCUACCCUCCUUUCUGGCCGAGUUGUCUAUGUUUGCUCCUCGCUGCUUGCUGUACUGCUGACUGUUCUUUGCCUGGUGCUGACAUGGUGGACAACUCCACUUAGUUCUGGUGACCCAGUGUGGAUCACCGUGGUUGUGCUGAUCCUGGGACUCAUUCUUGGGAUUGUUGGAGUUAUCUGGAAACAGCCACAGAACAACACACCCCUUCACUUUAAGGUGCCUGUUCUGCCUCUACUCCCACUGGUGAGCAUCUUUGUGAAUAUUUACCUGAUGAUGCAAAUGACAUCUGGCACUUGGGCCCGAUUUGGGAUCUGGAUGCUGAUUGGAUUUGCUAUCUACUUUGGCUAUGGCAUCCGGCACAGUGUGGAAGAAGUUAAGAAUCAUCAAACCCUACCCAAAACAAGGACCCGAACUGUGGACCUUGAUCUCACUGCUUCCUGUGUUCACACCAUUUGACCUAACCAUACCUGAGUGCUGUCUAGUCCCCCUACACAAUAAUGGAGAGCACUCUUGACCCCACAGAGAGCUGGGCCUCUCAUGUGGAAUUAGUGGGGGAUACUAAAUAUAACUCUAUUUAUUGUGGAACAAUGGAUGUGUCUUUACUGUUUCUCAUUUUUUAAUUUACUUGUCUACUUUGGAAUCGUCUCUGUAAUUGUUUCCUGGCUUUGAGAAAAUACGCUAUUUAAACAAAAUGGGGGGGGGACUGUCCUGUU